AUGGCCGCUCUAUCCAAUUCAUCGCCACUGCUCAUUGUAGCCAGAACCAUUGCUGGCAUCACAGCCGGGCACUUCCAAAUAUUCGCAGCAUGUUAUGCACCGAAAGCACGAGCUAUUAUGCUGAACGCCGUGUCAGCUAUUCUCGUAAUCAGCAGUGUGCUGGGGCCACUCCUUGGCGGCAUCGUUACCCAAUAUCUCAGCUGGCGUUGGUGCUUCGGCAUCAAUGUGCCCAUCGGUUCUGUCCUCGUCGUGAUCAUGGCUGUGUUGUUGAAAAUACCACGCAGUAGCAAUAGCACUACCAAGAGCACAUGGAAAAAGCGGCUUAUGGAGCUAGAUAUCCUAGGAACGAUCCUGCUCACGGCGAUGAUCGUGUGUGUGCUCCUUGGGUUCCACAUGGUGCAGAAGCAGCGGCCGGACAAGGCCGGAGUCGGUGCCGUAUUCGUAGCGGCCAUCGUCGCAGCAAUUGCGUUAUUUAUCCAGCAGCGAUUAACGCUGACGGAGACAUUGUUACCCAUCCGGAUCUUUGGCAGGCGCCUGGUGUGGGCGACUUGUGGGUUGAUGUUCAGCUUGUCUGUCGGAAUAGCGACUCAUAUUUCAUUUUUGCCUUUGUAUCUUCAGCUCGUCCGCGGCAAAUCACCCGCCUCAAGCGGAACGCAUACCGUCCCUUAUGUCCUCUCCAUCUUCACUGGCUCCAUAAUCAUGAUGUUAUCUCUAAUCAUCCUGAAAUAUCUGAACAUUCUCUUCUUAAGCGGAGUGGUCUGCUACGCCAUCGCCGCAGGGUUAUUCACAACGUUUGAUGUCAACUCAACCCUGGGUGAAAUAGUCGGAUUUCAAGUCCUAGCAGGGUUGGGAUUCGGGUUGUGCGUAUUGUGUUUGGUCGAAUGUCCACAGGCAAUCCUGGCUGAUAGAGAUGUGCCAUAUGCGCAGGGAGUUAUAAACAUGUUCCAAAUUCUGGGAGGAGCUACCUCGACCCAAGUCGCAACUUUAAUCUUCAUCCAAACACUUUCCCACCGCCUCGAACGCGUCCCGAACCUGCCACAGGACCAGAUCCGUAUACUCCUAGCAGACCCAACUACCAUGCUAUACGGCAACAGCAGCGACAGCAAAGGUAGCCACCAUAUCAACGACAGUCAAACUCUGCCAUCUGGACCCCUCAGAAGCCGCAUCCUCAACGAACUGUCCCGCUCCUUUUCCGCAACAUUCCGCCUUUCAAUAGUAGCAGCCUGUCUAGCGUUGACGUUCGUCCUUUGCAUGCCGUGGACGAGGAAACGGACGCUGGCGGCUACGUUAGCUGCAGAAACGGGCAAAGAAGCCAAUGGCAACGUUAUUACGCAUGAUGGUAAUUAUGACAAUAACAACCACAAUAACAAUGAUAAUGAUGGUUAUGGUGAUAUUAAUAACAAUAAUGAUGAUGAUGAUGAUGAUAAUGAAAACGAUAUCAAUGGGACACGCAGGAUGAGGACGAGAAAGGCAGGACAGGGAAGUGGGUACAGACGGGAGCGCGAGGAGGAGCCGUUGACGACCAUAGAAUUAACAUAG